CCCGCCCCGCCGGAGCCUGCGCGGGGCCGCGGCCGUGGCAGCUCCGCGAUGCCGCCUCCUCCUCCUCCGGAGCCCAUGCCCGGCUACGGGGAGCUGCUCCGCCGGGCUUACGGCAGCCUGGCCGCGGCCGCCCGGGGCUGCGAGGAUUGCGGCUGGGAGCUGGCUCGGCGUACCUGGGCGGAGAGCGCGCACCUGGGCUGGGCGGAGGUGCUGCUGUGCGGGAUCUGCGCGCUGGGCUGGACCGCGCUGCGCCGCGCCUGCUCCCGCCGCCUCUUUCGGCCCUUCGGGGAAUGGUGCAACCUGCAGCCCCGAGAUGCUGCCAAGAUGCCCGAGAGUGCCUGGAAGUUGUUUUUCUACUCGCUGUCCUGGUCGUACGGCGCUUACCUGCUGUUCGGCACCGACUAUCGCUUCUUCCACGACCCGCCCUCCGCCUUCCGCGGCUGGCGGCGGGGCAUGGCCGUGCCCGCGGACAUCGCCCUGGCCUACCUGCUGCAGGGCAGCUUCUACGGGCACGCGCUCUACGCCACCGCCUACAUGGACACCUGGCGCAAGGACUCGCUGGUGAUGCUGCUGCACCACCUGGUGGCGCUGGCGCUCAUCGCCGCCUCCUACGCCUUCAGGUACCACAACGUGGGCAUCCUGGUGCUGUUCCUGCACGACGUCAAUGACGUCCAGCUGGAGUUCACCAAGCUCAACGUUUACUUCAAGCACCGCGGGGGCGUCUACCACCGCCUGAACGACGUGGUGUCCAACGUGGGCUGCCUGGCCUUCAGCCUCAGCUGGUUCUGGUUCCGUCUCUACUGGUUUCCGCUCAAGGUUCUCUACGCCACGUGCCACUGCAGCCUGCAGGCCGUGCCCGACAUCCCCUUCUACUUCUUCUUCAACGCGCUGCUGCUGCUGCUCACCCUCAUGAACAUCUACUGGUUCCUGUACAUCGUGCUGUUCGUGGCCAAGCUGCUGCUGGGGCAGGUGCGGGAGGUGAACGACGUGCGGGAAUACGACGUGGAGGAGAGCAGGAAACCCGGCAAGGAGCCGGCCCUGAAGGAAGAGCUGCACCUCAAGAACGGCCUCGUGAAGGACAAGAGGUUGUGAGAGCUGCCAGGACCUGGCACUGCCCAGGACCCCGCAGAGAGGACAGAGAACUGCACCCCUGCCCCUCCAGCCCUGCCAGGACCUCGGGGCUGGGCUGCCCCCUGCCCCAGUUUGGCCCAGUUUGGCCCAGUUUGGCCCAGUUUGGCCAGCAGCCUGGUGGCUCUGCUGGCCCAGGUAGGAUCUGGGGCUGCCUUUGUGUCCCCUGGUGUUGCUCCACGUUCUCAGCUGUGAUUCCCCCCCGGGGUUCCUCCCUCUGCCCCUUCCCCAGCUGCUCCUGCAGGGUCCAGCCCCAAACUGGGCAGGGGGAGGGGAGCCCGAGGCCAGAUGUGCUCCAGCUGCCACCCUUGGGGGUGUCACUGUCACACCCCAGGGGCAGCCCUGCCUGGAAAUCCACCCCAGGAGCUCCAGCCCAGCCCUCUGGAGAAGGUUGGAUUUGCUCAAAAGACCCCAUGGAGAUCUUGGGGUGGCUUAAAAAGGGUCCUGCAGGUCCCUGUCACCAGGGAUGUCCCCAGAACUGUCCCCUUGAUGAAGGAAGAACAGAGAAUUCCUGCUCCUUGCUUGGAUUUCCAGGAAAAACAGAGAAUUCCUGUUCCUCUGGGUUGGAUUUCCAGGAAGAACAGAGAAUUCCUGCUCCUCAGUUGGAUUUCCAGGAAAAACAGAGAAUUCCUGCUCCUCUGGGUUGGAUUUCCAGGAAGAACAGAGAAUUCCUGCUCCUCUGGGUUGGAUUUCCAGGAAGAACAGAGAAUUCCUGCUGCUCUGGGUUGGAUUUCCAGGAAGAACAGAGAAUUCCUGCUCCUCUGGGUUGGAUUUCCAGGAAGAACAGAGAAUUCCUGCUGCUCUGGGCUCCUCAGACCCCGCUGUCCCCUCGUUGUCCCCUCGUUGUCCCCUCGUUGUCCCCUCGUUGUCCCCUCACUGUUCAGGGCGUUCAUUCCAGGUGUGAGGGUGAGAAUUUUUGGGAUUUUUCCUUUUCCCGGUGAUUCCCCUCCAAACUCGUGUCUGAGCCAGGGAAAGGCCCCGAAUGGGGCUGCUGGAAAUGUCCCCGAGCUGUGACAGCCCCUUGUCACUCUCCGUGGUUUCGGGGUGUCAGAGGAGCGUCCCAGUGCUGGAAUUCCUUGGGAAUUCCGUGGGAUUUGCAGGGCAGGAUGGGAACUGCUACCCCAGGAAGGGCCGGAGCAGAGCUGGGCUGACUUCGAGGGGUAAAACUGAAUUUUCCAUUGAGCUGGGUGGGGUUUAGGGGGGUGACAUCGAUGGGGGGGUGACAGCUCUGCUGUGAUGGCCGGGAAGGGACUUUGGGGACCUGGCUGAGGCAGGGAUUGGUGUUUUUGGGGCUGUGAGAAGCAGGACUUUGAUGGUUUGAUGAGCUGGAGGUUGAUGGCUUUAAGAGAAAAGUUGGACGCCGUGAUUGAGUUU